AUGGAGGCGCCUCGCUUCCGCCUUUUCGAACCCCAGACCACAGACCCCAGACUCCAGACCUCAGACUCCAGACUCCAGACCACAGACUCCACACCCAAGACUCCAGAUUCCAAAUUCCAAAUUCCAGACCCCAGACUCCAGACCUCAGACUCCAGACCCCAGACUCCAGACCUCAGACUCCAGGCUCCAGACUACAGACCCAAAACUCCAGACCAGAGACUCCAGGCCGCAGACCACAGACUCCAGACCCCAGACUACAGACCACAGACUCCAGACCCCAGACUCCACACCCCAGACUACAGACCCCAGAUUCCACACCCCAGACUACAGACCCCAGACUCCACACCCCAGACCCAAGACUCCAGACCCGACUCCACACCCCAGACUCCACACCCCAGACUCCAGACCCCAGACUCCAGACCCCAGACUCCACACCCCAGACCCAAGACUCCAGACCCCAGACUCCACACACAAGAAUCCAGACCCCAGACUCCACACCCCAGACCCAAGACUCCAGACCCCAGACUCCACACCCCAGACCCAAGACUCCAGACCCCAGACUUCUGCCUGAACAUGUCUGUCUAA